GCUGCCGCUAGCUUCAUGCCAGGAGUCAAAAUGGCGGAUGCGUGGCCGUAGCACGAAGCUGUGACGUCCCUGAGACCCACAGAGUGGUAUUUUGAGUAAAAGCGCUGGAUUAGCUGCGACGCUCCUCGGCGGUGACGCGCACGCCCACGUGACGGCCGGCUGACCGACGCACUGAACGCGGCUCCGCACGAAGUGAAAGUGUUUAGCUGCUGUUGCCUCCUGCACACAAUGCUCCCGUGAAUACUCCCGUCUCUUCUUCGCGGCAAAGGAAGGUGCUGUGUGUUCCUCGGAACAUCUGCCAUCGUUAUGGAUCUCCAGACCUGCCUCAAAACUGCACUGAGGAGUAAAUAUGAGAGCCUGAAUGAGGCUUAUUCUGAAAACUCAAUACUUCCUUCAAGGCUCUGCUACAGGGAGCUCAACCACAACUACGCAGUCGAUGAUUUGCACCAGCAUGAGUUCAGAAGCCCGGAUAACCCUUUUCUAGACACCCCACUCAAAGACGUUUUAUCGUGCGCACGUAAACAUGACAGCAGAGGAAGAGUACUCAUCACUUUAGGAGUGAGCGGGAUUGGAAAAACCACAAUGGUGCAGAGCUGUGCUCUUGAGUGGGCUAAAGAGAAGGGGUACCACGACAUCAGCUUCCUGUUUCCGCUCACUUUCUGGGAGUUAAAUCUGCUUAAAUACAGACUGAGCCUGACUGAGCUUCUCCAGGUGUUUUACCCUGAACUGAAGGAGUUCGAUGCUUCUGUCUUAAAUGAAGGUGAUGUUUGGUUCAUUCUUGAUGGACUGGAUGACUUUAAAAUCCACCUCGACUUUGGCUGCCCAGCUGUGAGUGACGUUUCUGAAGCAUCAACCAUUGACGGCCUCAUCACCAAUCUGAUCAGGGGAAAUUUACUUCCCAAAGCUCGUAUAUGGCUAACGUCUCCAAAUUCAGCUGCAACACGAGUACCUGCCUGUUAUUUUCUGAAUGAGACGGAGCUGCUGGGGUUCAGCGAUGAACAGAAGGAGCAGUGCUUCAGGAGGAUCAUCGGUGAUGAUGAUCUUGCCAUUAAAGCCAUCAAUCACGUGAAAAUAUCGAGGAGCCUGGACUUCCUGUGCCGGAUACCUCCAGUGUGCACCAUCAUGGCAGGUGUUUUGAAGGAUCAUCUAAAGGGAAAAAAGGGGUUUAAAAUAUAUCCCUUGAGUCUAACCCAGAUCUACUCUCAGUAUUUUGAUGCUCUGGAUGCUACAAAGCUGGCUAUUGUUAACAAGCUGAAAGAAUUGGCGCUGUUUCUGGUGGGAGCGGUGAACGUCAUGUAUGAAGGAGACCUUUCAGCAAGCAACAUCGGCCUCAAGGAAGCUUCCGAUUUUGCAGAAACAUUCCCACUUGUUUUGAGAGAGGAGAUGGGGCUGUAUGGCACCGCUGUGUUUCGCUUUGGUCACCUGAGCGUUCAGGAGUUCCUCGCCGCUUCUCGUAAACUGGACAUCAUUAAAGCUUCGGGAAGUAGUUUAAGCUCCAGUAUUCAGCAUCAAGUGGACAAGGUGGAGAAUGGUGAGGAAAACUCUGAGCUCCUACUGCGUUUCACAUUUGGCCUCAUUAAGGAGCGCCGGCUCUUGUCGUCCAAUGAUUUGCUCUUUGUCUACAUCAAGAAGAAGAUUAUAGAGACCAUUUCGUCCUCCACCUCCGUCAUUCUGUUUGACUGCCUGUGGGAGUACGACAGUCGAGCGUUACUGGAUGAGGUCAAGUCCUUUCAGAAGAAUGGCCUCUCCCUGAUCCCCGGGUUCACAUCAGUGCACUGGAAAGAAAUAAUAAAGAGGACCAGAGCUUUUGAAGGGAUUCAGGAGACUUUUAAGAUGAAGGUGUCAGUAAGCUGUGAUGAGAAACUCAUCAGGAACCUUCCAGCUGUGUUGAAAUCAAGGAAAGCCAUGCUGAAAUUCUCCAACCUGACUGACAAGAGCUGUCCGGCUUUGGCGGCGGUCCUGAGCACAAGGGAGUCAUACCUGAGGAAGCUGGAUCUGGGAUACAACAGCUUCAGCGACGGCGGAGUCCGGGAACUUGCAGAGGGCCUGAACAGUGAGGACUGCAGGCUGAAAAUCCUCAGGCUGCAAGGGUGUGGACUGACCUCAGAGGCCUGUAAAUAUCUGAUCCAAUCCCUGAUACAAAACCAGAGACUGGAGGAGCUGGAUCUCAGCUGCAAUGAAAUCGGAGAUGAGGGACUGAAGUUUCUGUCAAUGGGUUUGGGAACAUCUCAUUGCCAGUUGGAGACACUGAAACUGUCACAGUGUAACAUCACGCAGUCUGGCUGCUAUCAUCUGGCCUCAGCUCUGCGGAGGAACCCUGCUUAUCUCAGCGUGUUGGAUCUGAGCAUCAACGUGAUUGGAGACGAGGGAGCCAAUGAGAUCUUUAGCAAUUUUGACAUAUCGCAGCUCACAAAGCUGGAGUUGUACCACUGCGGCCUCACAGUGCUGAGCUGUGCGCAUAUCGGAGAGGCUCUGAAGUCUGAAACGAGCAAUCUGGUGGAACUCAAUUUGAGCAACAACAGCUUGAAAGAUGCUGGGUUUGAAUUCAUCUGCGAAGGCAUGUAUGCAUGGUCUAGUCUGGAAAAACUCAAUGUUUCACGAUGUGGAAUCACAGGUACAGGUUGUAAAUACCUGGCAUCAGUCCUCUGCUCGGUCUCGCAGCUCUACAACAACUGGAUGCAGAAUUCGUGGGAGGCGGUGGAGCUGCAAGAGCUGGACGUCAGCAUGAACCGCCUCGGAGACAGAGGCGUGAAAGGGAUUUCAGCCGGCCUGAAGAAUCCUUUGAGCCACCUGAGAAGUCUCAACCUGAGUUACUGCAGCCUGACCGACGACUGCUGUGCAGAGCUCGCGUCCGGACUGGCCUCAAAGGUGAACGUUCUCGGCAAGCUCGACCUGUCUCACAACAACCUUCGAGAUAAGGGAGUGAAGAAACUCUGCAUGGGACUCAAAACCCCUCAGUGCAGACUCGAGAAGCUGCUACUGAGGAGCUGCGGCCUGACCUCGAGGAGCGUUCAGUUCCUGACCUCCGCCCUGAAGUCAAACCCCCUCCAUCUGUCAGAGCUGCAUCUGAUGGGCAACAAGCUGGAGGACUCUGAGAUCAGAGUGCUCGCGGAGCUAACGAGGAACCAGAAAUACUCACUCAGCACGAUAGAUGUCUCAGUGGACUGAAGAAGUCGCAGUGACACCGAUGGCUCUGUCUUCGCAAGCGCUUAUUUGCACAUAAAUUAGAUGGUGCCACAUGUUUCUGUACAGUUUGACUUUCUAAUGUUUUUUUAUUUCUUACCUCUUUGUGUAUAUAUGUUGUUUUUUUUGUUUUUUGUUUUUUCCCUUAUUUCUGGACCACAGAACAAUUUCCUCUGCCUCACAGAUCCCAGUAAGUGAACUGUGGGCCAUAUUACUAAUGCUGAGAUUUGGUAUCCAUUUAUUUUGUGAAUGACAGCUAUAUUUUAUUUAAAUGUGAAGUUCAGAGCCAAGUAAAAACAGUGAAUGUAAAAAGCAAGCUAACGUUUAUGACAGGCUUCAUAAUCUGCAGCAUUCUCCUUUUUCUUUCAGUAACAUUUAAGCUGUUAAAAUGUUGCUGUUUCUGUCUGGUAAUCAUUUGGGUGUCAGUGGAGAUCCAUCUGUCAGCUGGUGCAAUGCAUUUUCAGACCAACAAAAAUGGGAUAAUUAUUUUUAUAUUACAUUUCUAAACCAGAGUUACAUACAUAAUUUACACAUAACAGUGAAACAUUACAAGAUCUGGUAAAAUGAGAGAAGAAAUUAAAAGAAGAGUGAUAAUAGUAAAACAUUAUGACAUUAUGUUGUAUAAAAGCCAGUCUGUACAGGUGGGUUUCCAUCAUUUCACUGUUACUGGCUGUUUCCCAGCGUUUCUCUAAAACUGUAGCUGCUGACACUUAAUCUCAGGUGCAGCCUUCACUGCCUUUCUUCACAGCUGUUCAGACUGUAGAUGUGUAUCCUACAAUGUGGGACAUUUUCUCUGGAUUCGGGGCGGCUGAUAAGGGAUCGAUGAAACCCGGUCACCCCGGUCACUGUUUACAUAUCCAUGCAGUCUUAUCUGUUAAUGUGACGUUUCAGUAGAAACGACCUCAUCAUAACCACACAAUAAAACGCCUCUUUUGCACCAA